UCCGACAGUCGUUUAUAGUUUUCGAUUGCGCUCGUAAAAAUAUCCAAUUGAUUUGCUACUUAUUGUUCGGACAAAUAGUGUUCCUGUGCUGAAAAUGUGGUCCAAUUUUGAACUUGUUUCAAUCGAGGAUGAAACCCUUAACAGUGCAUUUUGCACAAACGGUCUGUUCCGAAUUUCCAACGAGGCACUGGUGGAGAAAAAUCCCAAUGUGACAGGAACUCUUCAGAACGGUCGGUUAAUAAUAUCGAUCGACAAGGCAUUGAUACUAUUUCAGGAUGAGAACCGUUGCAAUGAUAUGAACUUUUUGGAAGUUUCCCAUAACAUCGAGUGUCUCGCUGCCUCCGAAAACGGAGAUAUGGUCAUAUGUGCCCUUUCUAACGGCACAAUUACCGGGUUCCAUGUACGAGGAGUCAACUUAUUUGAUUUAUCAAUUCAUCCAGAUGAUUAUAAUCCCGAACGGACGUUUUCUGAAAUUCGACAGAUCGAGGGGAAUUAUUUUGUGCAAUGUGUCCGUGGUCCAGUCUAUCAAAUUAUUCUCGAUGAAGUUAGACUAGGUGAAGCCAUAAAAAAACUUGAUUGCAGUGAUUUGGACACCACGUUGAAUGUUGAUGAUUGUGUUAUCAUAAAUCGGGUUCUUGAAAGGCAUCUGCACGAAUGUGUUACUAGUUUCGUUCCUAUGAUCAGCUAUAAUUUAAUGCAUGAUCAGAACUACCAAUUGAUGUUGUCCACGAGCUCGGAAUCAAUUUACUUCCAACAAUCUGAUCGCAUUGAAAAAGUUCCGCUUAAACCGGAAUAUUGCGGGAUCAAAAAAAUGUUCAAUCUGGUUCACUGCUACAUCGCUUUAGCCGAAAGCGGCCAGCUGCUUGAAAUUUGUCAAAUUACAAAGUUGGUUUCAGAAUUAAAUGUGCCAUACAGAAUACAUGACUUCAACGUGAUGGAAUGUACAGCUGAUGCUAUAGAACUACUUCUACUCACAAAACCAGAUUUAAGUGGUGGUAGAUUGAUGAAAAUUGUUGAUUUUCCAUCGAUGGAAUGCAAAUAUGAACUGGAUAUGACCGAGCAUAUAUGGUUAGUGCAGCAGCCCAAGAGUGCCGUUAAUAUGUAUUACAUCACUGGAAAUACUAACAAUCACCAAUAUGUUCAGGAAAUUGAAAUGAAAAUACUCUCCGAAACGCAGCCAUCACUGCGUUUGGACAAACUCAUCCGCAAAGGAAGACUCGCCGAAGCCGAAGAGUUCGCCAAGCAGUUCGAUUUGAACUCGCAGCUCAUUCAUCAGGCUAAUAUUAGGCUUUCGCUGGCUCAGCUGGUUACUAGCAAAAAUGUAAGCGAAGAAGAGUUGCAGCAAAUGUUCGGAAGAUUAAUGGAAAGGUUGCAUUUGAUUGAGGACCCUUCGUUUUUCUUAACUAUUCGAUUGACUGCUAUCCCGGAGAGAAACAUGAAGAAACAAUUUCUGCAGUUUCUGCUAGGAAAAAUUGACCAAAAAUGUAAUGAGGCAGCGGAGAUCAACGAACAAUUGCUAAGGUUGGAUACGUUGAAAUUGAUCGAUCCCUACGGAGUGGAUCCCGAGUGGCAGAACUUCGUUUACCAUCAGAAUCUCACAAAACAUUGUAUAGAAUUGUUCAAGACAGAUAUGCCUGCGGCAUGCCUCAUAUGGUCAAGGCAUAUUUCGUCAAUCAUUCUGAACAUGGAUGGUUUGAAAAUUACAACACUGUUGAAAUCAAUCCCCGAAGGAACUCCGCCACUGCAACUCAUCCAAUGGCUGAUGCAUUUCGUCCCACCAAUUUUACAACACCUUCCCCAGAUGAUGCGUAUUCUGGUAACGUUCGUGAUUGGAAAGACGAAGGCUCUGCAGUUUGCUCCUUUCUGGCCGAAAGUUGGUCUUACGUUCAUAGACGAUGUGAUCGGGAUCUUUAAGGAUGUGAAAUUUCCAAUUAUGGAUAUGCGAUUGCAGUACGAAUCGAACAUGGAUGAGAUGCUUGGUUUAAGUGAUGCUCUGAAGGAUUUGACUGUUCUGAAGGAAAAAUUCAAUCUGAACACGAACAUUGACAGCUAUCUUCAGGAGAGUAAGGAAGAGAAAGCGUUCAAACUUCUUCAGAUAGUGCAGCUCUCUAAUCUGAAACGAAUUGUGAACGAGUUCAUGUACCCAAUGUUUGUCGGGCAGGAAACAAAACUGUUGAAUUCCAUCAUACAGUACAUUAAUUUUCUGAUUACGAAUCAGAACAUCAGCUACUGGGAAGAGCGUUGCGUCAUCCUGGUUGAGGUUAUUCAUAACGAAGACCUUAAACUAGGCUGUAUUCUGGACAUCUUGAAGGCGUCACCUGUACCCUGGUCCACAACCAUCACUGCUCUGAUGAAAUACGCCAAUUCGGAUCAUCCGGUAGUGGAGAAAAUUAUCAUCGAACAGCGAACUCAAAUGGUUAAAAUAAUCAAGGUAAAAUAUGGCUGGCCGGCCAAAAGUCAGGAAUGUUUGCGAAUGUUGGCCAAUCGGGUGUUGAAAAUGCGAAUGGACAGUAUGCUGGGGGAUAUCAACGAGUUGACAAACUCUGCUCCGGAGAUUGCAUACGCUGUGGAUUUGAAUACGAUGAUUCGACUUGCAGAGUACAGUGAAUUUUCCUCCGCGGUGCGUUACAUAGACGGGCUGACGGAGCCACGCAAACAAGACUGUUGUCGUGCGGUAGUGGAAGUCAUAAUACAAAUGCUCGACCACAACACGGUCGAUGAAACCAAUGUGGAAAACUACACCGAACUGCUGCAGCUGCUGAAAUCCCGCUGUGACCCAACAGAUCAGUACGAGGUGCAGGAAAUGCUUAACAUACUGAAUGUGCGAAAAGAGUUCCAGCUAGAAAUUAGCCGAGAGCAGCUUGCUAACGACAGCGAUCGCAAACGAUCACUCGAGGUUGGGAUAACUAACUUGCUGUCGAAAAUUCGAAACAAUCGCGAUAAAUUUGUUUCGAAUCUGCUGGGAGGCUUGCAGCGGCUAACUUAUGCGCUGAGGUUCGAUUUCCUGCAAGGACUGUAUGAUGUGCUGAAGCUGAUAGGAAACAUACACGUCAGUUGUGCAGUAUUAGCGAAAGUUGCGGAAAUAAUUGAUGCUAACCAAGACGUGCACGAGAAUUUAUAUCGCAUAAUAGCUCUGCUCUUGGUUCAGCAAAUUGAGUAUUUCAAAGAUUCAAGUUCAAACUGGGAACUGGAUCCGUUGACAUAUCCCCUGGCCGAUAGACUACUCAGGGGAUGUUACAAUGAGUCCAUGUACCACUGCGUUGUGAAGUUGCAACUAUUGCGGUGGGUACAACUAGGAAGUCAAUAUUAUGAAAUUGACGUUCUUAAGGAAUACAGCAAAAGAACUAAUUUACCAGAGAAGAUAUUCAAGAACAUGUGCGAGACAACGAGCGGAACGAAAAACAAAAUUAGUAAUGGUGAUAAAUAUAAACGGGAUUCGUUAUCUGCGUUCGAUACGGUUUACACAAAUGAAGAUGCUAUGGAGGUCACCCAAAGUUUAGAUGAUCACGAAACAAUUAUCAAGUGCGUUGGUCAGGCCUUGCAAGUUGUUACUGGAAGCUUAAAAAACGAUUCAAUGGAACCACCUCAUCUUUUUUUCAACGAAUUGCUCGAUCCAAUCGAUCUCCCGAGCACACAAAUGGAAUUUCAAGCCACCCUGGAAACACUAAUCAAGCACAAAAAGUACCCGGCGGCAGUAACAUUAGUGCAGCUAAUUCUGUCCUACCAAGAUUUGACUGACACUAUCAUUCCAGAGGAUUUUGCCGAAAGCUUGAACAGAAAAUCACUGAAAUAUUUUCUUUCCCAAAAGGAGCCUGACUACAGCGUCCCCAUCUUCAUUUUGCUUCAGUGCAAGGCUCGUGACAAAUGUUUGGAAUAUCUUCGCAACAAUCUUUUGAAUGAAUCGCAGAGAGCCGCAUUCCAUACGCUGCUAGAAUUUUACUACAUGAACAUCGGCGAAACGGAGCUAGCGGUGGAAGAGCGUGGCCACCGAAUUCGUUUCAACUUUUUCUACGAAUUGUGUAAGUUGGAUCCGUCACUCAAAGCAAAGAAAACGCUUUCCUUCCACAACAUCACCGAUCUGAUGAAGGAUAUGAAAAGCAAGGUUCUGAGCGUCGAUCUUUUGCGCAAAAUGAGCGAGAACUUCUCCUGGGACUAUCAGCAUGUACUGAUCUCCCAGGUGCUGACAAUUCUGAACAUGCAGGAGCUCGAGUUUGACGUUCAACAAAAUAGUUUCGGGAAAGAGGAAAUUGUAAUUAAAACCACCACUGAAAAUAUACUGAAGCAAUGCCAGCCGUACCUGAAUGAAGUAACCAAUCGUGUCCUGUUGAGUACUAAACUAACGAAACACUUGGAAGAGAUGAAUUAUUAUUUCUACGAAAUGUAUCUCGCUGUUUUGGAAAUAUUUGCCCAGAUUGAUCAAAUGCAGGAAGAAAUGGAUACCUGGAAGAGAAUCUUGGUGUAUCUACGAGACAGUCUGACAAUGAAGCGGUCCCACCGCGCUGGACAAAUUGAGCUGGACGCAUGGAUGAAAAUACAAACGGAUGGCGGUAUGCUUCCUAAAAUUGCAAAGUAUCGGUUGCCCUUCCUCCUGCUCGUACGAAAUCCGCUGAAAAGUUUAAUAAAGGAAGAAAUCACCAUAGAAAACUACAAGAGGAUGUUGGUGCUUGUGCAACUUAAAGCGCAGCUGGAGAAUAUGGACCCCAUCGAGCUGCAGGAUUACUUCAGCAAAUCGGCAGUGAUUAAUUCGAUUUCGGAGUACAAGAUUCAGGUGGAGGAACAAUCACCAUCAACCGGUUGGCACCUGCAGCCCGUGAAUAAUGCUUUUUUGCAAUCGAUUCUUCGCGUGGUGGAUUGUGUGUCUGAUCUUUCUUCGAAGCUGUUCAUCUUGUAUUAUGUGACGAACAAUGCACCAGACGGAGCCGAUCAAGUUGAAGCUGCCUAUGAGUGUUACAAAUUUGCAAUGAAACAUGGGGAUAGUCUGGCCAAUAACGCUGGGGCCAAGGAUAAAGUGGAUAAAAUAAUCCGAAAGUAUCCUAUCUUCAAAACGCAGCAUCUUCUCCUCCAGUAUGGUAUCAAUGACGACAAAUUGUCUGCUUUGGUGAAAAACCCUCGCGAGCUGAUCAACGCCCUGUAUAGUGAAUCUUUACAGAGGAAAGUCGACAUCAACAGCUUGGUGUGUGAAAUCGCCACUCUCCACCAGCUAGAUAUCGAUGUAAUUCAAAUGAACCUAAUUCAAAAAUGGUUGUCCAUUUAUACAUCGAACGAUGACUCGAGUGGAAGCAUGGAGGAAACAGUGUAUGAAGAUCACAACAUGUCGGUUGACGAGUCCGAUAUAGCUGCCUCGGCAGAUGAAUAUGUGGCAAGAGCGCACUAUAUUCUGAAAAGCUGGAACAAAGAGAAAAGCGUACAGUUUUUGAUAACGCAGCUGUGCGUUGGGGACACAAAUAUGGACGCCAAGAAACAGCUGCAAAUUUACGAUUGUUUCAGCAAACUGAUCGACGACCAGUGCAUGCCUUACGUGGAUGUUUUCAAUCCAAAUCACUAUACAGUGUUGAAAUGUGUCCAGUUUUUGAAAUCGCUCGGUUUCAAUGGCCUUACCGUCGUUAAAUUCGAAGAAACUGAUAAGAUGGCUUUAUUGAAGCGCCUGUGGCAGAACUAUGCUACGUCCUCGAAAGGAUUGGAGGCGAUUGCUUAUAUUUGUCUGGGAUACAACAUUUAUGUACCGCAAGUCUGGAACGGAGUAUUGAAACAGAUGGCUCGUACGAAUAUGAUACCUCACUUGGCCAUGCUGUUGGAAAUUAUUUCCGCCCGCGAGCAGUUGAUCAAUCUGGAAGGCUUCCGAAUGGCUUGGGAGGCUGUGAUAAAGGCACCAUUUAAGAAUGCAAGCAGGAUUCGUUCAUUUGAAGAAGAUGCAUUGCUCGCCAAAUCAUUGGUACUGCUCCAAAAGUGUCCCAUUUCUGCAUCACUCAAUCUGGUGGAUUUAGCGGAACUGUGUAUAAACGCUAAUCGCAUCAACAUGGCAGCCGUUCUGAUCCCUUACGCUGACGGGAAUCAGAAAGAAGUGUUGAAAAAGCUUAUUUCCAAUAAUCUGGAACCCACACUCCGGCAGCAGAUCAUGGAACUUGAAGAAUUUGGUAUAGCUUCUGUGGUAACCCAGGCGGUAUUUAGUGAGAUCAAUCUGAAAUAAAAAUGUAAAGUCAUAAAGAAUGCAGACAAUCGUAAAUAGAGAGAAGAAGGCCCUUUUACACAGCAUGAA